ACCAAUACCAAUGACAAUUGUUGAAUUAUUGAAGAUGAGAAAUAGAGACUGGAUCAUCUUCUCCGAUGGAAGAGAUUGAUUCAUCGAUUUAAUUUCACACGAUUAUGGAGGGUUUUUGAGUAAUUCAAUUUCAUCGCUUCAUGGCGGAAAAGCAGCUCAUUGUAGCCGUAGAAGGCACAGCCGCUAUGGGACCUUACUGGCAAACAACUCUCACCGAUUACCUUGAGAAGAUUAUCAAGGCUUUUUGUGGCAGUGAGAUGACAGGGCAGAAGCCUAAUGCUCAUAAUGCCGAACUGUCUUUGGUUAUGUUUACUUCUAAUGGUACUUGCACAGCUUGCCUAGUACAAAGGAGUGGGUGGACAAGAGAUGUUGAUAUUUUCUUAUCGUGGCUAUCCUCACUAGGUUUCAGUGGUGGUGGAUUUAAUGAUGCUGCUGUCACUGAAGGACUCGCUGAAGCCCUUACGAUGUUCCCUUCUGUUAGCGGAAUCCAGAAUCAACCAAAUGGUGAAGGGAAAAAACAUUGUAUUCUCAUCGCAGCAAGUAAUCCUAAUCCCUUGCCCACACCAAUUUAUCGACUACAGCUACAGAAUUUGGAGCAGGGUGGUGAAGCUGAUAAUCAGUCAGAAAAUCAUCUUGCUGAUGCUGAGACAGUUGCCAAAUUGUUUGCUCAGUGUUCUAUUUCUCUCUCAGUGAUUUGCCCAAAGCUGAAUCCAAAGUACAGGUCUAUUUAUAAUGCGGGAAAGGGCAAUCCACGAGCAGCUGAUCUGUCCAUAGAUAAUGCUAAAAACCCAUAUUUUCUUGUUCUGAUAUCUGAGAACUUUAUGGAGGCCCGCUCCGCUUUAAGUCGACCUGGAGUUGCAUGUAUAUCUUCAAGCCAAAGUCCUGUAAAGAUGGAUAUGCCUUCUGUUGCUCCUGUUUCUGGACUACCACCAACUUCUAUUUCAUCAGGAGCUCUAAUGAAUGGCUCCAUUAUGAAGCGACAGCCAAUCUCCACAGGGAGUAUGCCUCCUGCAACUGUUAAAGUUGAACCCAAAACAGUGAACCCAAUGGUUUCAGGGCCUUCUUUCCCACACAACACUCAAUCUGCUUCUCGGGCUUCAUCUCAAGGAAUUCCAAACUUACAAACAUCUUCUCCAAUAUCUGUUUCUCAAGAAAUGCUUUCAAAUACUGAAAACAUGCAAGACAUGAAACCUACGGUCGUGAAUGCUACUUCGCAGCGUCCUGUUCCACCUCCUGCAGCGAAUAUUAAUAUUCUUAACAAUCUCUCUCAAGCUAGACAAGUGAUGAACUCUAAUUUGACUGGAGGAAAUUCUAUAGGACUCCAAUCCAUGGGUGGAACUUCAAUGGCCAUGCAUAUGUCAAAUAUGAUAUCCAGUGGAAUGGCAUCUUCUGUGCCUGCUUCUCAAACAAUAUUACCUUCUGCACAAUCUGGUAUGACGGGAAUCAGUGUAUCUGGGACUCUAUCAGGAACUACACAAGUAGCACCUAACCCUAAUCCUACUUUAUUCUCCUCCUCAACUUCUAAUAUACCUGGCAAUACAAACACUGGCAUGUCACAACCCUUGGGUAAUCUCCAAGGAGGUGUUAAUAUAGGUCAACCUGUGGUGGGAAUGAACCAAGUAAAUCUUUCAGGAGCUCAGAUGGUAACUAAUGGAACUGGCAUCAACCAGAACAUUAUGAAUACCCUUGGUCCAGCUAGUAUAUCAUCUGGAACUGGCACAAUGAUGUCUACUUCUGGAAUGGCUCUACAAGUAGAAUCAGUGGGGCAGUCUGUUGGAGCAAGCAAUAAUACUCCAAAUAUGUCUUCUUCACAGCAGACUUUUGCUUCCAUGCAGACACCGCAAGCAAAGUACGUGCGAGUUUGGGAGGGAAAUUUAUCUGGACAGAGACAAGGCCAGCCUGUGUUCAUCACCAGAUUGGAGGGUUACAGGAAUUCAUCGGCUUCUGAAACGCUUGCUGCAAAUUGGCCGCAGACAAUGCAGAUAGUACGACUUAUAUCACAGGAUCAUAUGAACAACAAGCAAUAUGUUGGGAAGGCUGAUUUUCUAGUUUUCAGGGCAAUGAAUCAACAUGGGUUUCUUGGACAAUUGCAGGAGAAGAAACUAUGUGCAGUCAUUCAGCUACCAUCACAGACACUGUUAUUGUCCGUCUCUGACAAAGCCUGCCGCCUAAUUGGGAUGCUUUUUCCAGGGGAUAUGGUGGUAUUUAAGCCACAAAUACCGAGCCAACAACAACAACAGCACCAGCAAAUGCAACAAGGGCAAACACAACACAUGCAGCAACAACAACAACUUCUUCCCCAAAUGCAACAACAACAAGCUAUUUCCCAAAUGCAGCAACAAAUGCAACAACAACAACAACAACAAUCUUUGACUCAAAUGCAACCGCAACAACAACAACAACAGACCUCAAUUCCUCAGCAACAACAAAUGGUUGGGACAGGAAUGAAUCAAGCUUAUGUUCAGAGUGGCCCUGGCAGGUCAUCCCUAAUUCCUCAAGGACAAACUUCAUCUGGAGCAACUAGUAUGCCUGGUACUGGUUUCCUUAAUUGAAUUUCCUCUUUUCUUUGGGCUGGGACUUUGAAGAAUAAAAUCUAGUGUAAAAUGAUGAUGAUUGCAUACUUGAUUUACACAUGUUUAAUUAUGAUUUGAAAAAAUAUUAAUUAUAAAAGUUUCUUUUUU